AUGUCUACAACAAAAUUAAACAAGGAUCUAUACACGAAUAUCAAUCGAUUAAAAUUGUUGAACGCAACUACUUCAGUUCCCAAGUUUGUACUUGAGAAGACACCAUUUGACGAAGAAAGUGAUGAAGGACGAGCAGCUGCUUCUUCAAGCACACCAGAACACGUUAUUAUUGGACGGAUUUUCCCAGAUUCGGAGGUAUUUAGAGAAGGUUCAUUUCAAAUUGAAAUGAAAUUAACAUCAAAUUAUCCAUUCGAUCCACCUGAAGUACGUUUUCUUACUCCAAUUUAUCAUCCAAAUGUUGGCCAAGAUGGCAAGUUUUGUCAUGCAUUAUUGAAAAAAACUUAUGAAUAUAAAAAUACAACGUCUCUGGCUGAUGUGGUUAAAGCUGUAAUAGAACAUAUCGACAAGCCUGAUAUUGAUAGUUCACUAAGCGUUGAACUCGGUCGUGAAUAUAUGGACAAUCGAACUGAGUUCAAUCGUAAAGCACUGGAAUUUGUCAAAAAACAUGCUUUGCCACGUAUCUAA